GACCACGCUUAUUAAAGUUGUUACGCGCAGUACAGAUGGUGAGGCUGCUUUUAGCAUAUUGUAGCAAAGUUAAAAUUAUAAAGUUGUUUGAUUUAGGUUAGCAUUUGGUGAAUAUGUCUGUUCAAGUAGAAGUUCGCUUUUGUUUCUCGAUCGCCUAACCUGUGUUACCCACACUCACUGUGUUCCGUUACCCCUUGACCUUGACGUGGUUGAAACAAAGCCUUCAAAAUUCAAAUCGAUGGAAUGUUUGAAACAGCCCAUGUGCCCAGAGCACAUUGGUGCAACAAGUGAGGCAUAGAUUGUUUCACCUGCAUGGAUUUUUCUCCCUUGCUAACAAAGAGGGUUAAAAGAAAAUAUUUUCUUAUUUAGGUCGAAAUCACAGCAUCAGCACCAGCAAGUCUUAAGCUUUUCAAGUACAAUGUUGGAAGUUACCUCAGCUGGUGAAGAAUUCAGUGAUUUCGAACAAGUACCUACUAAAUGAAGUGAACUUGAAUCCGACUCAAAUGUUCAGUGACAACCUACUUAUGUGAACUGCUAGACACAGUAAUUUCCUACAAUAAGAAGAAUUCCAAACUCCAGUUUACAUGGGGAUGUGUGUGUGGAUUACAGUUCCACAUCAGGCAACAAAAUGGCAAAGUCAGAGAGGAGAACAUCAACGUUGGAGUGACAAAGUGCUGAAUAGACAAAUGGCAACCAGUUUUUGCUCCAUGUUCAAGGUUCAAUAGAGAAAAGAGAUUUACAAUCUUUGGGUCAUGACCAAUAUGGGAACAAAUGCUAGUUCAUUGCAAAACAAAAUGAAUGUUGGUGCAGUUUGGACCUAGAUGGAUUUUGAAAAGCCCCUUUAUCAUGAGCUAGUUACAAUCUGAGGCAGGUGACUCCCACGAUACACUUGACUAACGAGCAUAAGUUAGUGCGAGUGCUACGCCAGGUGUACAAUGCAAGGCUGUCGCUGCGUCGAACUGGAUUGUUGGGACGGUUUGGACGGAAUACCUGUUUCUAGUCGUUGUGAAAACGAUCAAACAAAACAUUUCUCCUUACCCGGUCAUUUUGUCGAUCGAGAACUACUGUUCACUCCCGCAGCAAUUCAAAAUUUGUUUCCACAAGUCCGUUACUUAUCUUCAUUCUCACGUGGGGAAAACGAGUUCCCUCAUGUUGAACAGGCAGAAGCUGUCGCGUUACUUCUUAAGGUUCUAAAAUCCGGUUUCGCGAUCAUCGGGACCCAUUUACUAUCCAUUUCAGGAGUAAUAAUUUUACUUUCUGGUUACUAUCAAGAUUAUCCGAUAUCAUCGUCCACUGCCAGAAAGUUGAUGAUCCUCCUGUUGAAGAGUCCCACUUCUUUAUCUGGUGAAGUUAAUUCGCAUCUAGCUGGUGGUCUAAGAACUUAGGCCUUUCCUAAUUUCACGAGCAUCACAGAUCUCUCCAUUGUCAGAUUUGAUGUCAGCACGUAGUUGAAGACGCUCCACCUUUCGUUUGCUUUCGGUGCACAUCCGUCAUCCGGCACAAAAUAAAAAUUGUUAAAAUUUUGACACUAGAUGGAGAUGUCAAGUGUGGCAAACAUGACAAAAGUUGUCAUUUUA